UAGAUUAGUUAUUGUUCUGUUUUUUCUUUUGUUAUAUAGGUUUAGCACGUGCGGGGUAAGAUGGGACAUGUUUUAUUUCUCAUUUUCGUCCCAUUCGGUAGUAACUAGUAAAUGUCCUAAAAAGAGCGUUAAUUGUUGACGCGCCAAUUUUUUUUCAAUAAAAGUUAUUAACUUUAAAAAAAAAACUUGAGUAUUAAAGUAAACAGUUUUAACUUUGACAUUGUAGUCCAGUGCAUGGUUUACAAACUUAGUAUCGGUUGCUACUUUGGAUUUGAUCACGCGAAUACGGUAUUUAAAUCAUGCAAAGGUUAUACGGUUAUAUGCCCACGCGACUAUUAUGUAAAGUACCCGCUAGGGACACGAUCUUUUUGUCGAUGGCUGCAGACGUGUCACCAACAGUUUAAGAAAGCAAGCAGAGUUAAAUACACGUAUGCAAAGGGUCCUCUCUCACUUGUUUACAGUCUGCUGAAGAGGUAGUUAUUAAAUAAAGGCUUGAUAAUGUGUGAGUCGACAUGCAACUGCGUAAGGUCGCCAGUUUACUUGUAGAAGCGGAGCAGCGUGAAAUUAUUGUUACUUGAUUUAUUUACAAUUAAAAGCUUACUUACUGGUUUUGUCAGCGAUUAUAUAAACAGCCGAUAUUCUGUACAGUUACCAAAUAGCACUGUGUACUUAUUAAAGUAUAGGAGCUAAAGUUUGACUUUAACUGCUCAAUGAUCAUGUCUAUUGAUGUUAUAAGAAGAUCAAAUACUUUGGAAACGCCAAAGAAACAUUUUCGAAAGCACUCGGAUAUUAGUUUGGGUCCGCACACGCAGACACCCAAAGCAAAGAGAAGCCGUUUGGAUUUUUUACACAUAUUAAGCAACAAGAAAAGCGAGAAAAAUAUUACAGAAUGUCCGUUCCGACAGUUCUUGCAAAAGAAAUCUCACGUUAUCGUCUUUCGGGAGUUUCUGAAAAAAGAAUUUAGUGAAGAAAAUUUGGAUUUCUGGCUUGAAAUUGAGAGUUUUAGGAAACAGAAGUCAAGCAAACAACGAAAACUCGCGGAAAAUUUGUACAAGACGUUCAUUGCUGUUGGAGCACUAAGAGAGAUUAACAUUGACGCGGUCACCAGGGACAUAACCAAAUCAAACAUGGAACAACUGGAUAGUAGCGCGUUUGAUCUUGCACAAGCCUGGGUGUUCCUUCUCAUGGAGAGAGACUCUUUCAAGCGGUUUAUUGUCAAACAAUUUGACAAAGAAAAUGUAACGAAAAAAACAAAAGAGCGAAGCAACCAAAUAACUAAAAGCGAAACCUUCCCGAAAAAGAAAAAGCCGCAAGUUUUUAAUAAUAACCGCAAAUCUCCGGAGCCAGUUCCCCUUAUUUCACUUUUCUUUGCCGGCGUAAGAACUGAACCACGAAAGCGAAAAUUUUCGAUUUAAGAAGCUACAAAUGUCAGAGGAUUCAGCCAAUUUUUUAUUGGCGCGGUUUUUCAACCAUGAUGCUUAGCGAUUUAUUGUUGUCGGUUGAAUUGAAUUUAUCUUGUUUUAUUUCAGAUAUAUUUAUUUUCUCGCUGGUCGAGUUUCUUUAUUGCACAUGCUAAUACACAACCGUGAAGAGUUGCAAACGUUUUA